CAAUGUCGAUGUCAAUUUUUCAGGGAAAAAUCAUGAAAAAAUAAAUAAAUAAAAUAAAUCAAAUCGCCAGUCGAGGCGGCUGUGACCUGUUCAAAAAUAACUAAUAAUCAUAAAAGACUUGAGUUAAAUUUACGUUUUCCACUGCAAUCGAAGCAAAAUGGCAGCGACACCAACGGAUUGGCAGCUCGAAUGCACCGAGCUAAAACAACGAGGGGCUUACCUUUUGCAAACUGGUCAAUGGUCUGAUUGCAACUUCUUGGUGGGCACUGAGCCCAACCAGGUAGUUCUGGCUGGCCAUAAGCUCAUCUUGGCCAUGGCCUCUCCAGUGUUUGAAGCUAUGUUCUAUGGCGGAAUGGCGGAGAGGAAUGAACCAAUACCGAUUGUUGAUGUGCAGAUAGAUGCAUUCAAGGCUCUUUUGGAAUAUAUUUACACGGGUAACAUCAACAUAAGCUCAUUCGACAAGGCGUGUGAACUGUGUUAUGGUGCCAAGAAAUACAUGCUGCCACAUCUAGUGAAGGAGUGCACAAAGUACCUCUGGUCAGAUCUCUAUCCCAGAAAUGCUUGCAGAGCUUAUGAGUUUGCGAGACUGUUUGAAGAAAAUGUACUCAUGGAAAAAUGCCUUCAGAUAAUAAGUAUGAAUACCAAGGAGGUGCUAAAUGACUGCAGCUUUGAAGAUGUGGAGAUCAAUACUGUUAUAACAGUCUUCUCAUUGGACCAUCUUAAUGUGGACAGUGAACUUGACUUAUUUGAUGCUGCAGUAAGAUACGCAAAAGCAGCAGAUAGGAGGCACUCUUCUCUCCCGCCCAUUGAUGUAACAGCUUUUUUGGAAGCACGUAAAAGUCCAGCUCCUUCCACUUCUCAGGAAAAAGAACAGGUAGUGAAUGUGGAAAGCAGUGCUGAAAGCAGCCCGGAGGCUGUGAUGGAGACCGGACGUGAGACGGAACAGACUGCGACUCCCACGGAGCCACCCAAAAAACCUUCAGGAGAGGGUAGAGAUAACAAAGAAAGAGUAACAAUCCGGAAAGCGGUAGAAAAGAUCCGUUUUCUCACACUAUCGCCGCAACAGUUCGCGGCCGGCCCAGCCAGGUCGCCGCUACUUAGUGAAUCGGAGGCGUUCGCGGUACUGAUGAACAUCCUGUCCUCUAACACUGACGUGGCGAUGCCCGCGGGCUUCUCCAUGUCGAGGGAACCGAGGAAACAGCUGUUUGGAGGCGGCUCUUCGAGUAAUAUGCCUACAUUCACAGUGGACACUCCGAGCCCAGUCACCGUAGACCAAUGUGAACUGUCGCGCCUGCCGCAGCCCUGCGUCUCUACCACCUACCCGAGACCUACGCGACAGGAGGGUGUACGCCUGCCAUCGUCGAUCCACAACCCGGUUCCGGGGUUAAGCGUGUGUGUGGACGUGGACCACAUGGAGCGUCGCGGAGACCAGCACAAGAUCUACUGCCAGCGUGCCAUCGUACAGCACACGGACUGCCUCAACACUAGCGGCCUCGACUGCUCCGUCACCUUCAUGGUGGACAAGAACAUCUGCCUGCUGGGCGUGCAGGUGCCGACUCAAGCGCCGAGCCUCGAGAACGGGGGUAACGCGGGCGGGUCGGGCUACUCGGAGCUUCUGUACGCGCACUUGCUGGACGCGGACGGCGCGCGGCUCACUUACACGCACUACACCAACCGGGUGCCCUACCGCCACCUGCUGGACAUCAUGUUCAACCGACCCGUCUACAUACAGAGGAACAAGGUGUACAAAGUGGGCAUCGUGUUCAACAAAGUGGGCUGGUACCCGAUGGGCUCGUGCGCGCAGCAGGUCGCGGCCGAGUCCGUGUUCUUCAACUUCGGCAUCGGCCACAGCAGCGACUCGGUGCGCGACGGACUCAUACGAUCCAUCAUAUUCACGUACUAGAAACGAUUAACUACUACCCGUGCGCAUUAACAUGGCACCUG